UUGGCCUGAUUAGUGUACAGCCCCCAGAGACAGACACAAAGGCUGCAGGGUUUGCAGAUAAGUUCUUUAAUGGAUGUAUGAAAGAAGACCUUCCAGAUCAGAAUAUGGUAGAUAAAGACAAAUAUUCAUCUUAUAAAAUCAAGACAGACAGCAUUGACACAAGACAAAAAGUACUUUCUGACACAGGAUCAUCUGGAGAAGUAAAGGAAGACGAUUGUUCUUUGGACAAUGAAACAGAGAAUCUACAAAAUCAUAAUUUACCCAAACCCAAAUCUACCAAGCUUGGUUUAGAAAAAGACAGUGCCACACAAGCUGGCUGCAGAAAAGACUGUACUGUCCAGGAGGAAGCGGAAACAUCAACACAGGAAAAACCACAGAAGUUGUAUCUGUGUCUGGAGUGUGGCAAAUGUUUUAAUCAUAGUUCAACCUUGGCUAGACAUAAAAGAGACCACAGAGGGGAAAAACCAUACACCUGCACAGAAUGUGGGAAAAGUUAUACUCGGAGCUCUAACUUGGUAAUACAUCAAAGGACGCACACUGGUGAAAAGCCAUAUGAUUGUACAGAAUGUGGGAAAAGUUUUAACUGCUGUUCUGCUCUGGUGACGCACUACAAAAGUCACACAGAAUUGUUCCCGAACCACAUUCUUAUCUGGGAUCUGAAAACUCACACAAUAGCACUCUCUUAUUUUUAG